CUUAAGCAUACAUAACAACCUAAAGGAGGUUGUCUUUCAGAGCCAGAUGCCUCAGUGUUCUUUUCUCUUCCAUUAUCAUGCUUUUUUGGCAAUUCAUUUACAGCUUUGUUUGAAAAACUUAAGCAGGAUAUUUGCGUCUCUUGGAGUCUUUCUUAGAUUGUAGUAUGAAGCCAGCAAAAUGAGUCGCACAGCUGUGAUGUACAUAGAAAUUGGGUGUUUAGUGUGUUGCAUUUGUGGAUGGAUACUGAUCUGUUCUACUCUGCCUACUGAGUACUGGAAUUUCUCUGAGGUAGGUGAUGCUGUACUCACCACGGUCAACUACUACUCCAACCUGUGGAUGGAUUGUGCAUCUGACACGACUGGUGUUUCUGACUGCAAGUACUAUCCUUCCCUGAUGGCCCUUCCAGUUUUCUUGCAUGUCUGCCGUGCCCUGGCCAUUGGCUCUGUAAUUCUAGGAUUUUGGGGGGCUGUGCUCACCUUUAUUGGAAUGAAGUGCACGAAGAUUGGGGGUUCUGAACUUGUUAAUGCAAGAAUAACAUUAGCAGCUGCCUUUACCUAUAUGGCAUCAGGAGUCAGUGGUAUGGCAGUGUACUCCAUAUGGGCAAAUAGAAUCCGGGAUGAAUUUCUGGAUGCAAACUUUAAGCCACAGAAAUUUGAACUUGGUGCAGCAUUAUAUAUAGGAUGGGGAGGCUCCAGUUUGGUUAUAUGUGGAGGUGCAGUUUUGUGUUAUUUCUCUGGGAGAGAGGGGUUCAGCUCAGGAUCAAAUGACACACUGCUUCAGGCAGAUGAUUACACAAGAGCUCGAUCAAGAGGGACAUAUGUGACAGCUCGAACCAGAGGGACCUAUAUGUUGUCCGCUUACUCCAAGCCCACUACAGCAAUCAUGCCCCCCUUAUUCCAUUCAGGCAGAGAGAGCAAGGGAACCAGGAGGACACAAAGGACAUACAGAACCCGCAAGGCAACAGCCUCCAUGCAGUUCAACAUGGAUUCAUACGUGUGAAGCCCAUGUUUCGGAAACAAUAUAUUGAGUGUCUCUGAUUUAGGUGCUUAAAGGUGUGAUGCAGUCACAGAAAACUCAUCAAGAACAGAUAUCCAGGAAAAGAUAAAGGGGCAGUGGUGGCUUGGCGGUUCAGGCUUUGGAUUACUGAUCGGAAGGUCGGGGGUUCAAGCCCCAGCACUGCCAAACUGCCACUGUUGGGCCCUUGAGCAAGGCCCAUAACCCUCUCUCCUCCAGGGGCGCUGUAUCAUAGUUGACCCUGUGGUCUGACCCCAGCUUCCUAACAUGCUGGGGUAUGUGAAGAAAAUAACUUCACUAUGCUGUAUUGUAUAUGUGACCAAUAAAGACUCAUUAUCAUAACUUG